AUGGGAGGAGCAUUACCGUUGCGGUGCGGUUGCGGUAUUCCAUCCAUCCUACACGGACCAUCGAUACAUCAGAUGUUAUGCACGGCGUUAUUCGUUGAUGGAUUUCCCUCAACGCUCGAAUAUAUUCCGUGUUGCACAACAAUACUUUCAAGUUUCAUCGAAUCAGUUGUGGCGGAUACAGCGCGGAUCGUUCCAAUAGGCAAUCACAUUUCCGUAUUCAUCCCUGUGUCAGAGACGGAACGGAAAGCGGAACUGAUGGAUGCUACCAUGCAAACAUCACCCGGAGCACAACUUAGCACGUCAAUGAUAGCUCGUCGAUUACGUGACAUGGCUGACAGGUUCGAGUACCAUUAUAUGGAGAAGGAGAAGGAAGAACAGCGCUCCAUAUGCACAUCUGCGUCAUGGUCAUCACAGCCACAGAUUUUGUGCAAACAAAGCAAAUCUCAUUCAAUGUCACAAAGUCCAAAUUACUGGCAAAAGUAUAAGGUUACAAUUAUUACGCAAACUGUCAAAAAAUGUGCCAUUGAUGCAUCGCUUGA